GGUGCGCAUGACGUGCUCUGGCGGGAGGAGGAGGAGGUGGUCUUUGACCCGCGAGGUCCGUGUCAGGGGCGGCGCGGCGGCAGAGCGGCCCGCGGUCAGUGUUGGAGUGGCGAUGGAGUGCGGCACAGUGAGUACGUGGUGUCUGGCGGCGCUGCUGCUGCUGCCGCUGCUGCUGGGGGCCCUAGCGGACCGCGCGAGCGAUGACGAGGACGGAGCUGACGAUGCGGAAGACGAGUCGUCGACGGCGUCGUCGCUGGUGCAGAAGCAGGGCGAGCGGGUGAUGAGCGAGCAGGUGCUGGCCCUGCUGGACCACUUCCGGCAGGAGGACCCCAAGGGGCUGCCGGGCGCGCCCGUGCCCGAUCCCAUGGACAUCCCGGACAGCACCAAGUCCUUCACCGGCGCCCGCAUCACGCUCAAGGAGUCCAAGGUCUACGGCCUGUCGCAGUUCCGCAUCGAGCACGUCCGCACCAACCUCAAGGACACGCAGAUGUCGGUGGGUGUGAGCAUCGAGAAGCUGGAGGUGGUGGGCAGAUACACACUGCGCGCCUGGCUGUCGGGCUCGCACGGCCCCUACACAGUCACCAUGACUGGAGUCCAGGUGGAGGGCCUCGCCAUGCUGGAGGUGCAGCGUGACGGCAGCCUGGCUGCCGAGGAGAUACAGAUGGACAUCUCCUUCAGUGACAUCGACAUGAACUUCGAGAACCUCGGCUUCAUGGGCACUGUCUUCCAGGGAAUCCUGAACUCAGUGGGUACGUUCAUCUUCGACAGCAUCAAGCCCUUCAUCUUGAAAGAGGUCAACAAGAACGUGCGUGGCGACAUCAACAAGAACGUCGCCAAAAUUCCGCAGCGCUUCCCCAACUCCAUCUCUCCAUUUGACACGGCCAUGUUCGACGUCCGAAAGAAGAUUCGGGAGAUGGGCUACGAUCCCAUGGGAGUGCCCAACUUCACCUGGGAGGGCGGACACGGAACAGUUGUGGUGGACCUCUCCGGGAUGAUGAUGACCGGUCUGGCCACCUUCCACCGAGUGGGUGAGGUGACCAUCGACAUGGAGCGCAAAGUGGUGAGCGCGCAGAAGCUGAUGAAGGUGCGCCGGCGCGUGGUGGCCGCCUCCAACGGCACGUCGGGCGACACGGCCGUCUACGACGCGGCCGACAACAGCACGGCGAACGCGGCGCAGUUCGAGGAGGAGGUGGAGGAGCUGGUGGUGUUCGAGCGCCGCGUCGACCCCGAGGACGAGAAGUGGGCGCGCGAGCCGGGCGUCACCUUCAUCGAGGAGAGCAACGUGCUGACUGCGCACGCGCAGGUCGGCACCAAGCGGCUGCGCGGCUCCUGCCACUGGGACGCCAGCCUGGCCGGGCUAGUCACCAGCUCGGGGCUCGCCAGCUUCACCGUCGACUACAUACAGGUGGCGGUGAGCGUCAGUCAGCCGCUGGACACCCGCAAGCGGCCCACGCUGGACAGCCUGCUGGUCCGCAUCGGCAACAUCCAGGCGCGCAUCGACGGGCUGGGCACGGCCGACUACGUGGCCGAGCUGAUCGUGAACGUGCUACCCAACCUGCUGCGCCAGCAGAUCAUGUCCGCGUUCGCCGAGCCGCUGCGCCUGCGCGUCCAGAAAGAGCUGCUCUCCAUGGACGUGGACCGAGAGCUGCGCCGUCGCCUGCCCGAGAUGGACCAGGUGUUCUCCCAGCUGCAGCAGGAGCGAAACCAGUAGGCGGCCGUCUGCUCCAGACAGGCCCCCCACAACAGUGACACUGACAGCGAGGCUGUCCGACAGUGAGCUCACGUAUUACCCGACGAGGCCAACUGGGGUCCCAGCCAGAGGGUGUUCGUGACCGAGGAGCGCACUGUCCGAUAUUCUGGGAACAUCAAAGGUCUAGCAACCUUUAAAUCAUUGGCUGUACCCACGCCAUCGACAAUACUUUUUGCAUACUAUGUCUUGAUCUUCAUUUAUUCUCUGGUAGUAAGUGUGAAUCUACGUUUGGUCUAAACAAACCACUUAAGGGGGGCAGGACGUCAAACGGGCCGACUUGGAGCAUCACAGGACAUUUUAAUUUCCAGUGUCUAUACUUUUACAAAUAAAUUCGUAAAACUUUGUCAGCAUCACCAGGAAGGAUUCAGGAUUCACACUCAUUGCAGUGGAAGUUCGAAAACAUAACAAAAUAAAAAUUUUUUGCGUGUGAAAAUUCAUCAUUUUUUCACUUACUAAUGGCAGCAUUUGUUGCUAUAGGUACACUUUUCUUCAUACGUUAGAGAGAUUCUUCGAUGCAUUUUGCACAGCAUACAUACCACACUUACAGGUGCAUGAAACUCUAGCAUUUAUUUAAUUUAUGAAAAAACGAAUGAGCUGUUGUAUUUUAAACUUCAUGUUUAGAAAAAACAUAAAUUUUGUAGUUAACUACUUCAAUUUUUACCACAGUUUUUAAUAGAUUUGGAAAAUUCUAGAGUUUCGUACACCCUUAAAUAUGGUUUGUAUGCUGUGCAAAAUUCAUCGAAGAAUCUCUCUAACUUAUGAAUAAAACUGUACCUAUAACAACAAAUUCAGCCAUUAGUAAGUGAAAAAGUGAUGAAAUUUCACAUGUAAAAAAAUUAUUUCGUUAUGUUUUACAAUUUCCACUGCUAAGAGUGUGAAUUCUGAAUCCUUCCUGGUCAUGCUGACAAAGUUUUAUAAAUUUAUUUGUAAAAGUAUAGACAGUGGAAAUUGAAAUGUCCUGCUCCAAGUCGGCCCGUUUGACGUCCUACCCCCCAUAAAGCAGUGGGCUCCUCGCCUGUUCCAAUCUAAGGCCAGCCAUCCCUUCUACAGUCUUCUGGUGUCUCGUUUUCCUUGUCGUUUGUCGUUCAAUACUUGUUUUGUUAGUGUGCCUCCUGUCAUCCAGUCAAUAUACUCUAGUCAUUCUUAGCCCCCUUCUUUUUAUUCCUUUGUCAACUAAAUAAAUCCCCCCCCCCUCCCCCCAGCUCUGAUGUCUCCAUUUUUCAUCUAAUAUCUCACACUGGGACCCUUCUGGGUGCCUCAUAAAUUUCAUUUCAGUGGUCAGCAUACGCGGUUCGCCAUGCUUUCGUGUUGCCGAGAAAGCUGUAGCCGUUGCUUGAUCAAAUUUAAUUUUUGUUUUGUCGGUUUAUUGACCAGUGCUGUGUGUGCUGUGCCACGCACUACCUGAUAUGUAUUGCAUUUAUUCCAUAUGUAUAAUGCCUUUUCCUUAAAAGGCAACAAUAUUUUUGUGAGAGCUAUUAAAUGUGCCUUCCACGCAUAUGUGGUUCACAAAAUACAGUGGCAUUUGGAGAUCUUGCCCACUGUCUUACAAAAUUAUUUGGUCUCCAUCAAAUGCCGUUGUGUCUAUCCAGUUAUCUGUUCCUGUGAUAAUGUCCCAGUUAAUCUUCAUUGUCUGUUAUCAAGAAAGUCUUCAAUAAAAAAAAUACCAAAAAGUGUGGGCGAUAAGCUAACCCAUGUCUCUUAUCUCUGUUAAGCGUUAUGGUUCCAGUCAUCACUUUACUCAUGUUUAUUAUAAUUCUUGUUUCUCGAAUUCGGCUUGGGGUACUCUCGUCAAUUUAAAAUACUCCAUGAAAUAAAAUUCUGUUACUUCAUUUUUUUUCCUGAAGACAUAACAGACACGUACUGUGAAUCAGUGAUUGCUGCCUACGAAAGUAUGUCGAUUAAUAUUGCAUGUCUUUUGCUAUUCACACCGACACACACUCAGGUAUGGCCAUACCACUGGCUCGUCUAUACAUCUGCGUUCCAUCGCGGUCGACAGGGAGACUGUAGCGUCUCUGCUUCUAAGAAUCCAUAAGUGGCCAACGGCCUCUCGAAUGGAGCACUAGAGAGCUGAACACAGAAUGUUCAACUGUGCAAGUGACUGUAAGGUGAAUUCAUCCACAUAUGUCAUGCGGGUGUGCACUGCACUGGGGGAAAAAGGUCACUCUUACCAGAUCUUCAGUAUCACACUUACUGCAAGAAGAAUGUUGAUCAUACUUCUUUGUUGGUCGUGGUGAAAUCUCAUCGCUCUUCUUCCCCCCUCCCCCCCCCCCGGUUACCACCCCUGCCCUCACCCCUCCCCCUUGCUUCUCCACUCACCUCUAUCUAAUGUCGAAUCUCUCUAUUACUGUUAUUUAUUCAACUCAAACGCUUUUCCAAUACGUUCCACUGCCUUCUCCUGCAAUGGUAACAACUGAACUGGUGUGUGACUAUUGGUAGCCACGUACCAAGUUGACUCCUGCUAGUGUGGGACCACAGUUGGCUUUAUCGAGUAAUAGAUCACCAAAAAGUAAAAUUUAUUUUGCGGAAUCACUGCACUCCAGUAACAAAUAUAAGCUACAAUGAGUUAGUGUAUUAGGGAAAUCGUGUUGCAGUCUGUUGUGAAUGAACUUUAACAACAACAACAGCAGCGACGUAACAUUAUUCAGCCAAAGAUGAAAGUACACUUUGAGACAAGAAAAAGAAGUGCUAUGAGAUACUGAUAGUUUAAUGGACCAUUUAACUGUAUAUUAUGGUGUGAAAUGUUUUAUUCUGUGUAUGUUAUUUAAAAGAUCUGUACCAGCUUGAAAGAAGUAUUUUAGAUCAACGAAUGACGAA